CUGGCAGCACUGCUCUAACAUGUAUUUUCUUCUACUGCUGGAUUGCUGAAUGGAUCGGCUUGAAUUGAUUGUUCAAGGUCAUCGUAGAAUGACGUGAUUGGCGUUGGAUUGAUCAUUGGCGAUUGGUCGUCUCCGUGGGAACUAGGAACCGGAAUCCUUUGGCACGGAGUGCCGUGGUUGGCGAGAACUACAUAUUCGGGAUCUUUGUCUAGUAGAUCAAGAGGAACAUGGCGUUCUGCUCUUGGACGAAGAGCGAAAAAUACAAGGACCAUUUUGAUGUGGGCAUUUACGCCUGCUUGGAGUGUGAUCACCCCUUAUUUUCGUCCAAAGCCAAAUACCCCCAUCACACCCCCUGGCCGGCCUUCUCUGACACUGUGCAGCCCGACUCCUUGAAAAAAAUCCCCGAGAAUGAGACUCAAACCAGUUCCCAAGGUCUGGCGUUGAAAGUACUUUGUGGGAGCUGUGAUAAUCCUCUAGGCCACGAGUUCGUAGGGGAUGGACCCGGUGGCAAAGGAUCGCGCUUUUGAAUUUUUAGUCACUCUCUGAAGUUUGUUCCCAAAGAAGAAAUAUUUGUGCCUCCUGUUUUUAACAGAAAUGAAAGAGAGUGCGGCUCAAGCCAAACCAUCCACUGGAUCCCAAUAACGCAGACCAUCGACAAGUUUGAAGACUCUUGCAAUUUCACGAAUGACCCUGAUGAGAGACAGUAUCCUUGGACGCAUCUCAUUGGGUGAUGAACAACAUGUAAAUUGCAUCCUAUUUCUCAAGCUCUCUGUUAUCCAUGGACAUCGUUAGAAUAGAUAACUGAAACAUUGAGGAUUAUCUUUGAACGAG